AUGCCUUCACUGGGGUUUCUCAAGAAAAAGCGGACCAGAGAGGGCAACUCUGACCCUUCUGCUUCAAGUCCAACUAGUCCAGUUACUCCUACCACUUCCAGGUCCAAGUCCAUCUCCAAAGCUUUUCACCUGCCUCGAACAAGCAGGCAAUCCACCUCAGCACCAAAUUCCCAACCAACCAACGGCCAGAACCAGCAACAGCAACAGCAGCAGCAGCCCGACCAGAUUCAGGAAGGUGCCGUGUCUCAAUCGAAUCAAUCGUCUGCGCCGAAUGAGCAGACGACAGCAGCUACGGGCGGACAGCAACAAGAAGAUAUGAGCGCAAUUAACCUCCAUCAACCCUCAUACGGUGCGGGCAGUCCUAUGAAUCACGAUCAUCAAAACCUACCCAGCAUCAAUAACCUCAUCAACCCGCCCCAGCAGCAGCACAAUGCCCAGGGCAAUUCCUACAACAACGGCCAGACCAACCCGCAGUACCUAGCCGCCACGAUAGACAGCCAUCGACCGCAGACCGUCAGUCCCGGAACUGAUCCCGCAGCCCUCCAACAGCAGCAGCAGCAAGCUCUGCCACAGCCAAGUAUGCCUCCGCAACAGCAACAGUCGCAGGCGCAGCAACAACAUCAGCAGCCAUCUCAGCAGUUCCAACAACAGCAGAACCAGAGUCAGAAUCAAGCGCAACAGCAACAACAGUACCAACACCAGCCGCACCAUCAACAGAACGCUAGCACUGGUUCAGUCAUGCGCGUAACAAAAGGAAAAUACUCGUUGGGUGACUUCGAUAUCUUGAGGACGCUUGGAACUGGUAGCUUCGGUCGAGUACAUUUAGUCCAAUCGAAGCACAACCAGCGUUUCUAUGCGGUCAAGGUGCUCAAGAAGGCCCAGGUGGUCAAAAUGAAGCAAGUCGAACAUACCAAUGACGAACGUCGCAUGCUAGCUGACGUCAAACACCCUUUCCUUAUCACCCUCUGGGGCACGUUCCAGGACCCCAAGAACCUCUACAUGGUGAUGGAUUUUGUUGAAGGUGGAGAGCUGUUUUCACUUCUGAGGAAGUCGGGACGUUUUCCUAACCCCGUUGCCAAAUUCUACGCCGCCGAGGUCACUUUAGCUUUGGAAUACCUCCAUUCAAAGAACAUUAUAUACCGCGAUCUCAAGCCGGAAAAUUUGCUGCUCGAUCGGCAUGGCCAUCUGAAGAUCACAGAUUUCGGUUUCGCGAAGCGUGUGCCUGAUAAGACGUGGACUUUGUGUGGCACUCCGGAUUACCUAGCGCCUGAAGUGGUCUCUAACAAAGGCUACAACAAAUCCGUGGAUUGGUGGUCCCUGGGCAUCCUGAUAUACGAAAUGCUUUGCGGUUAUACCCCCUUCUGGGAUAGUGGAUCUCCCAUGAAGAUCUACGAAAACAUUCUCAAAGGCAAAGUGAAAUAUCCGGCAUACGUCAACGCGGACGCUCAAAAUCUUCUUGAGCGUCUGAUCACAGCCGACCUCACAAAGCGAUUAGGUAAUCUCUACGGAGGCCCAGAUGACGUGAAGACCCAUCCUUGGUUCGCUGAAGUCACCUGGGAUCGAUUAGCCAGGAAGGACAUUGACGCACCUUACACGCCACCAGUCAAGGCGGGUGCUGGAGACGCGAGUCAAUUCGAUCGUUACCCUGAAGAUCCCGAGAAGUACGGAGUGGUUACCGCACCAGAUGAGUACGGUCACAUGUUUACGGAGUUUUAA